AUGAUGCUAUUUAGAUAUUAUAGGUUAUUAAAUAAUAGAAAUUUCAUUUUUUUGCGAUUGAAAAAUCAUAAUAAAAUUGAAAAUACAUGUCACAUUAAAUUUAUAUCAAGUAAUACUGAAGAGAAUAUAAAUAUAAAGUUAUCUAAUGGGUCGGAAAUUAAAUUAUCAACUGGGAAAUAUGCACGAUUUACAAAUGGAAGUGUUCUUGCUACGAUUGGCGAUACAUCAAUUAUGACAACUGUAGUUAGAAAAAAUGUAUUAUCUAAUAAUUCUAUAAUUCCAUUAACUGUAAAUUAUAGGCAAAAAGCGGCUGCAAUAGGCCGUAUACCAACAAAUUUUCUUCGUAGAGAAUUAGGUUUUACAGAUCAUGAAAUUCUUAUUAGUAGAAUAAUAGAUAGAUCGUUACGUCCCCUAUUUCAACCAAAAUAUUCAUAUGAAACACAGAUAGUAUGUAAUUUAUUAGCUAUUGAUGGAAUUAAUAAUCCAGAUAUAUUAUCUAUCAAUGCUGCAUCUGCAGCUUUAAGCAUUUCGGAUAUUCCAUGGAAUGGACCUGUAGCAGCUGUAAGAAUUGGUUUAAUUGACAAUACAUAUAUAAUUAAUCCUUCAAAACGUGAACUUCAACAAAGUAAAUUAAAUCUUAUUUUAUCAUGUAUAUCAAAAAAUUUAAUUGUUAUGAUAGAAGGAUCAGCAAAUGAUAUUUUAGAACCAGAACUUCGAAAAGCAAUAAAAUUAGGUACUAAAGAAUGUCAAACAAUUAUACACUCUAUAUCAGAAUUACAAAAACAAAUUGGCAAACCUAAAUUGAAUAUUGUCAGUGAUGAUGAAUCAACCAAUGAUGUGGAAAAAUUUGUAAGAGAAUUUGUGUCAGAUGAAUUACGUGAAAUUUUUAAUUGUCAUUCUCAUGAUAAAAUUUCGCGAGACAAUGCUAUUUUUAAUUUGAGAGAUAGAAUGUUAGAAAGUAUAAAAAAUCAUGAUUCAAAAUUUAUUGAAAAUGCUUUAAAAAUUUUUAGCAAUAUUUCUAAAGAAAUUUUCAGAUCUUUAAUAUUUGAAACAGAUAAAAGAUGUGAUGGUCGUGAAAUAAAUGAAUUAAGAGAUAUAAGUUGUCAGGUUGAUUUAUUUCAACCUCUUCAUGGUUCUGCUUUAUUUCAAAGAGGACAAACUCAAGUUUUAUGUACAGUAACUCUUGAUAGUAUAGAAAGUUCUCUUAAAUUAGAUACUAUUUCAAUGUUUUCUAGUGGUAUAAAAGAGAAAAAUUUUUUUCUACAUUAUGAAUUUCCUCCAUAUGCUGUAAAUGAAACAGGUAAAAUUAUCGGAAUGGAUCGUAGAGAAAUUGGUCAUGGAGCAUUAGCAGAAAAAGGAUUGCAACCAGUUAUACCUCAAGAUUAUCCAUUUGCUAUAAGAUUAACAAGUGAAGUAUUAGAAUCAAAUGGUUCAUCUUCUAUGGCUUCUAUUUGUGGUGGUAGUUUAGCAUUAAUGAAUGCAGGUGUGCCAAUAUUAUCUCCUGUAGCUGGUGUAGCUAUGGGAUUAGUCUGCAAUAGUACUGAUAAUGCUGAUUUAAAAGAAAACAAUUAUAAAAUUUUAACUGACAUAUCUGGUAUAGAAGAUCAUCUUGGAGACAUGGAUUUCAAAAUUGCAGGUACAAAGAAAGGAUUUACUGCUUUCCAAGCUGAUGUAAAAAUACCGGGAAUUCCUUUAAAAGUGAUAAUGAAAACUAUUCAAAAUGCACAUUCAGCAAAAAAUCGAAUUAUUAAUAUUAUGAAUGCAGUAAUAUCUUCUCCAGCAAAUGAUAAAAAAACGAAUAAACCUGUACUUGAUACUAUAGAAAUACCAGUGCAUCAAAGAGGAAAAUUUCUUGGAAUUGGAGGAUCAAAUAUAAAAAAGAUAUUGCAUGAAACUGGAGUUAAUAUAUAUUCGCUAAAUGAUACAGCAUUUUCUAUAUUUGCGCCUAAUCAAAAUGCAAUGGAUGAAGCGAAAUAUAUGAUAAAUAAAAUUUUGGAAACAGAAACGGAACCCACAUUGACAUUUGGUGACAUUUAUACAGCAAAAAUAACUGAAAUUCGUGAAAUUGGAGUUAUGGUUACAUUAUAUCCGGCUAUGAUACCAACUUUAUUACCUAAUUCACAAUUAGAUCAACGUAAAAUUCAUCAUCCUAGUGUACUUGGAUUGAAUAUUGGAGAUGAAAUAAAAGUAAAAUAUUUUGGACGAGAUCCGGUAAAUGGACGAAUUAGAUUAUCUCGAAAAGUAUUGCAAAUUCCAAUUAUGCAACAGAAUUUCGAUGUUACUAAAGAGACUUUGGACGCACAUAAAACAUAAAUACGAAAAUCCAUCACAGGUGAUUAAUCAACAUGAUAUUAAAAAAAAUACAUCUAAUUUGGAAAAGACGUCCAAUAAAAAUGCAAAAAAGGACUGAAUUUUUUUGUAAAAUAAAAAAUCUAUUGUUAAAUAAAAUGUAAGAAAGUUUUU